UCAAUACAAUAGCUACCUAUGUAAGGCUUAUUUUCCUAAAUAAUAUUAUGUUCAAAAUAUUCCAGAUGGUAAUAAAGUUGUAUACAACAGAGCUAAGUCCGCCUGUACGAGCUUCCAUAAUGGCGUUUGAAAUAUUUCAAGUUCCAUACGAAAAUAUAGAAGUUAAUUUAUCAGACAAGUCGAUUGAGGACCCUGAAUUUUUAAAUAAAAAUCCAUUGCGGACUGUUCCUGUUCUUGAAGACGAAGACUUUAUAUUGCAUGACGGUCAUGCGAUAUUGAUGUAUUUAGCUGAUGCCUAUGGCACUGAAGAUUCAUGGUACCCAAAAGACUAUAAAACCAGGGCGCUAGUCAACCAAAAACUAUCAUUUGUCAAUGAUAUUAUUUUUCCUGGAUUGAAAAAGAUUGCGCACUCCGUAGUGGUUGAAAGAAAAAAAACAUUGUUACCGCAGUGGACAGAGACCAUGGAAGAAGCAUAUGGUAUAAUGGAGAAGUUCCUCAGCAAAACAACGUACAUUGCUACAGAUGACGUCACAAUCGCCGACCUAUCAGCCUAUAGUAACAUGUCGUGUCUAAUGUAUGUCGUUCCUGUGAAUAGACAGAAGUUCCCGAAGACACUCAGAUGGUGCCACGUCAUGGAGAUGCAGCCUUAUUGUAAAGAGUUCAACAAUAAAGCGGCGGCUACAUUCGGAGAUUUGUAUAAGCUAAUUACAUCACGUUAGUAUAUAAAA